AUGCAAAUUUCACCCAUCCUCGCCCCCACGUCACUGCACGCCAACUACAUAACCCCGCCCCCGACCGUCCCGUCCUCUCGCCGCGUAUCGUUCGGCGCUUCACGACCCACUAUCAUCAACGACACUACCCCCCGCUCUCGACGGCGUACGUCAUCUCCUGACAGGAACGCGGAGGAGGAGGAUGGACAAGGAGGCAAGAGACGGAAAUUGACGAGACCCAAACCUUCGCCUUUGAGAGUACAGCCGCCCGACUCGCAUUCGCCUUCCAAAGACUCGGGUCCCAGCACUGGCGGGUCGUCGGUUAGUGUUGGGCGAAGGGUGGCUUCAGGAGGGUUGCAGCAGCAGCAGCAAGGGCUGCCGAAACCGAUAGGGUUUGCUGCUGCUAGAGAAGCGAGGAGAGAAGAGGGGUAUGACGUUUAUGGGAUGGUACCGAGCCCGGUAGUCAUGGGGUUUGACUUCAAGUUGGUAGAGGGGGAGCAGCUGAAGACUGUGCGAGAGAGUCUGUCAAUCAAGGAGCAGCAACAGGCUCUGAUAGCUGCUCGUCGUAGAGAAGCAGAAGCUGCUGCCAACAGCAACCCUUCUACCCCUCGUGAUCCGUCCAUGGUGCCCGCCCAACCGCAAAAGACUGGUCCAGACCCAGCGAUGACUUUGGCGGUGCCGACAAGUGGAAGUGUGGGGAAGAGAAGGGAGAAGGUAAAGGACAAGGUGGACAAGAUGACGAUCAUGACGGGGAUAGCGGGAAAGGACGCAGUCCCAGGUUCUCGAAGCGCACCACUGAACCAAAACCUUGCGAUCCAGCAAUCCGUCCCCCGCGACAUUCCCUCCGGUUCCCAGACCGCCCUCCCGCCAAACUCACUCCCGCCAAACUCACUCCCGCCAAACUCACUCCCGCCAAACUCACUCCCUUCAUUCUCCUCUUCCUUCCAACACUUUUCCACCGACCCGCGUACUGCACCCAUCUCGCAUGCGAGAGGGAACGGAAUGCAAGAUAGGGGAGAAGGAGCAGAGUUUGCGAGACAGCAGGGGUAUUAUUGGAGGUUGGAUGGUGGAAGAGGGCCUGGUCAUGCGAAUGGGGCGAAUGGGUUGGGGUCGAGACCGCCGGUGAUGCCGGAUGAAGGGAGGCGCAAUUUCACAGUGCCCAGUAUCGCCCUGCCGAGGCUGGAGGGCCAUAUGUCGCCUGUAAAGUCGCGCAACACCAGCGGCGCUCCGCAUUCAGUCUCCAUCUCCCGCAAUCACUCGCACCAAUCUAUAUCCCAUUCCCAGAGCACCUCUCCCCGGUCUCAACCCCCACCUCCGGCCGCGCCCAUACCCUCGCGCGAAGCCUUCCUUAACCCAUUCGCAACCCUCUACGAUUCCUUAUCCCAGACCACCCACUUGCAAAGUACUCUGACUGCUCUACUGCACUCUUCUGAGAACCUCACGGCUCAACAGGCGAGGCAGAUGGAAGAGUUCAAGAGUACAAUGUCGAUGGCCAAAGGAUUGCUGGGGAGCUUGCAGAGUAGUGCGGAUUCGUUGAGAGAGAUGGUGAGAUAUGAAGUGGAGAGGCGAGGGAGGGAGGAUAGGAGAGAGAUGGAGGAGAUGAAAGAGAGGCUGAGAAGGUUGGAAGAGGAGAGACGAUAG